AAGUGCUCGCCUUUUCCCUGCCAGGACCCAGAGGUCAAGUCGCACACAUCUCGCGCGUCCGCUUCCUCUCUCUUCCUCGGCGCUGCCUACGGAGGUGGCAGCCAUCUCUUACUCGGCACCAUGGCAGCCCUCAGACCCCUCGUGAAACCCAAGAUUGUCAAAAAGAGGACCAAGAAGUUCAUUCGGCACCAGUCAGACCGUUAUGUCAAAAUUAAGCGGAACUGGCGGAAACCCAGAGGCAUUGACAAUAGGGUGCGCAGAAGAUUCAAGGGCCAGAUAUUGAUGCCCAACAUUGGUUAUGGGAGCAACAAGAAAACAAAGCAUAUGCUGCCCAGUGGUUUUCGAAAGUUCCUGGUCCAUAACGUCAAGGAGCUUGAAGUGCUGCUGAUGUGCAACAAAUCUUACUGUGCUGAGAUUGCUCACAACGUCUCCUCAAAGAACCGCAAAGCCAUUGUGGAAAGAGCAGCCCAGCUGGCCAUCAGAGUCACCAAUCCCAAUGCCAGGCUGCGCAGUGAAGAAAAUGAAUAGACAGAUUGUGUGCACAUUGUAUUUGUGUUAAUAAAACCUUAAAAUUCUGCCAUCUGGCAUUUCCGCCCUUG